GUAUUCCCUCAGGGUGUCCGCCGCGGUUGCCACGGUGCCGCCAAGCGCGGCUGUCGCGCGGCCCCCGUGUCAGCGGCGAUGGCGGCGGGGUCGGGUGGGAGUGGGGGGUCUGGGGGAGGCCCCGGGCCAGGGCCGGGCGGGGGUGGGGGCCCCGGCGGCAGCGGGCCGGGGCCAGGGUCCAGCGGGGGUCUCGGCAGCGGCGGCGAGCUGCACCCGCGUACCGGGCGCCUGGUAAGCCUGUCGGCCUGUGGGCGGACGGCGCGGCGGCAGCAGCCGGGCCAAGAGUUCAACCACGGGCUGGUGUUGAGCCGCGAACCUUUGCGCGACGGACGCGUCUUCACCGUCCGCAUCGAUCGCAAGGUUAACUCCUGGAGUGGUUCCAUUGAGAUUGGGGUGACAGCGCUGGACCCCAGUGUGCUGGACUUCCCAAGCAGUGCCACGGGACUGAAAGGGGGCUCAUGGGUAGUGUCAGGCUGCUCAGUGCUGAAGGAUGGGCGUUCUGUGCUGGAAGAAUAUGGCCAGGACCUGGAUCAGCUUGGAGAAGGGGACCGUGUGGGUGUGGAGCGCACAGUUUCUGGGGAGCUCCGGCUCUGGGUGAAUGGGCGGGAUUGUGGUGUGGCUGCCACAGGCCUCCCUGCCCGUGUCUGGGCUGUUGUGGACCUUUAUGGCAAGUGUACCCAGAUCACCGUGCUUCCCCCUGAGCCAGGCUUCAGCCCCCCUACUCCCAUUCCUACACCUCCCCUAGAGCCCUCAGCCCCCCCAGAGGAUUCUGCCUUGGCUCCACAGGGGACCUCUGGGGAUGAAGCCUUCGUAGUGUCCCAAGCACAGGCCCGGCCGGAGAAGUUUCCUAACAGCCUUGAGUCACAUAAUGACUUUGCCAGCAUGGAGCUCUCUGAAGUGGUGAGCAACGCCAUCCUAUCUGCCUACAAUGGGGGACUCCUGAAUGUGAACCUGAGCUCUCCCCCAGCUAGGGAUGGAGUGGGAUCUAGCGGUACUGCUACCUCACCUGUCCUCACCUCCAACGACGCCCUACUCUUCCAUGAGAAGUGUGGCACCCUCAUCAAACUCAGUAACAAUAAUAAGACAGCUGAGCGCCGGAGGCCCCUUGAUGAAUUCAACAAUGGGGUUGUCAUGACAAACCGCCCGCUUCGGGACAAUGAAAUGUUUGAGAUCCGUAUCGACAAGCUUGUGGAUAAAUGGUCAGGUUCCAUUGAAAUUGGUGUCACCACUCACAACCCCAACAGCCUGGAAUAUCCAGCCACCAUGACCAACCUCCAAUCAGGCACCAUCAUGAUGAGUGGCUGUGGGAUUCUGACCAAUGGCAAAGGCACCCGCCGGGAGUACUGUGAAUUCAGUCUGGAUGAGCUGCAGGAAGGUGACCAUAUUGGCCUGACAAGAAAGUCCAACUCUGCUCUGCACUUUUUCAUUAAUGGCAUUGACCAGGGUGUGGCUACCCCAUUGACACCCCCGGUAGUCUAUGGUGUUGUAGACUUGUAUGGGAUGGCUGUGAAGGUCACCAUCGUUCACAAUAAUAACCACAGUGACCGUCUUCGUCGGAACAAUGCCAUCCUGCGGGCACUGUCCCCUGAGGGUGCUCUGCGUCGUGCUGCUCCUGCUGCCCAGGCAGAACCUGAGCGCUUGCUGUUCCACCCCAACUGUGGGCAGAAGGCAGCCAUUACCCACGAGGGACGCACUGCCCUGAGGCCCCAUGCCACUGAUGACUUCAAUCAUGGCGUGGUACUGAGCAGCAGAGCCCUUCGGGAUGGAGAGGUGUUUCAGGUGCGCAUUGACAAGAUGGUGGACAAAUGGGCUGGCUCCAUUGAAAUUGGUGUCACCACCCACAACCCUGCCUACCUCCAGUUGCCCUCUACUAUGACCAACCUGCGCUCUGGGACCUGGAUGAUGACUGGGAAUGGGGUGAUGCACAAUGGGACAACCAUCCUGGAUGAAUAUGGACACAACUUGGAUCGCCUCAAGGCAGGGGACACGGUAGGCGUGGUGCGGCGGGAGGACGGGACUCUCCACUUCUUUGUCAAUGGAAUGACACAGGGUCCUGCUGCCUGGAAUGUACCCCCGGGUGUCUAUGCUGUCGUUGAUCUCUAUGGCCAAGCAGCCCAGGCCACCAUUGUGGACGACUUGGAGGUGCCUCCAGUCCCUGAGCCACUCUCUGAAGGGAAUAAUCAGGUGUCUCCAAGCUCCCCAUCCUCAGGGGCAGGUGCCUCUGACCUGCGCUUCCACCAGUUGCAUGGUAGUAAUGCAGUCAUCACUAAUGGGGGCCGCACUGCACUCCGCCACAACUGCCGUAGCGAGUUCAAUGAUGCUAUUGUCAUUUCCAACCGGGCCCUGAGGGAUGGAGAGCUGUUUGAAAUUGUCAUUCAAAAGAUGGUGGACCGCUGGUCUGGCUCCAUUGAGGCUGGAGUAACUGCAAUUCGGCCUGAAGACCUGGAAUUUCCCAACACCAUGACCGACAUCGACUAUGACACAUGGAUGCUGAGUGGCACAGCCAUCAUGCAAGAUGGUAACACCAUGCGCAAUAACUAUGGGUGUGACCUGGAUGCCCUGGGCACAGGUGCCCGCAUUGGCAUGAUGAGAACUGCCAAAGGGGAUUUGCACUACUUCAUCAAUGGCCAGGACCAAGGCGCUGCCUGCUCAGGCUUGCCUCCGGGUAAAGAGGUGUAUGCAGUAGUGGAUCUCUAUGGCCAGUGUGUUCAAGUGUCCAUCACCAAUGCUACUGGCCCCAUGGACAACAGCUUGGCGACCAGCAACACGGCCACUGAGAAGUCAUUUCCCCUGCACUCUCCCGUGGCUGGUGUGGCUCACCGAUUCCACAGUACAUGUGGCAAGAAUGUCACUCUAGAAGAGGAUGGCACAAGGGCAGUGCGUGUGGCUGGCUAUGCACAUGGCCUCGUCUUUAGCACCAAGGAGCUCAGAGCUGAUGAAGUCUUUGAGGUGAAAGUGGAAGAGCUGGAUGAAAAGUGGGCAGGGUCCCUCCGGCUGGGGCUAACCACACUAGCACCAGGGGAGAUGGGGCCUGGAGCAGGUGGAGGCCCAGGGCUGCCUCCUUCCCUGCCAGAGCUCCGGACUAAGACCACCUGGAUGGUAUCCAGCUGUGAAGUGAGGCGUGAUGGACAGCUCCAGAGGAUGAACUAUGGCCGGAACCUAGAGAGGCUGGGGGUGGGGAGCCGGGUGGGCAUUCGUCGGGGAACAGAUGACACGAUGCACAUCCUGGUAGAUGGAGAGGAUAUGGGACCUGCAGCUACUGGCAUCGCCAAGAAUGUAUGGGCUGUGUUGGAUCUAUAUGGGCCAGUACGUAGUGUGUCCAUUGUCAGUUCCUCGAGGAUGGAGGAGCCAGAAAGUACUCAGCCCCCCUCCCCCAGCUCGGACACCGGCAGUGAAGGCGAGGAUGAUGAUGAGGGCGAGGAGCAUGGCCUAGGAGACCAGAACCAAGUGGGUAUUAUACCCACAGCCUUCGAGUUCCUGGAGAACCAUGGAAAGAAUAUCCUUUUGUCCAAUGGGAACUGUACAGCCACACGGGUGGCCAGCUACAAUCAGGGCAUCGUUGUCAUCAGCCAGCCCCUGGUGCCCCAGCUCCUGGUGCAGGUGCGGAUAGACUUCCUGAACCGACAGUGGACAUCUUCCCUUGUCCUAGGAGUCAUCACCUGCCCACCAGAGAGGCUCAAUUUCCCUGCCUCUGCUUGUGCCCUCAAACGGGCAGCCUGGCUGUUGCGUGGCCGAGGUGUUUUCCACAAUGGUCUCAAGAUCUGUGAGAAGUUUGGGCCAAAUCUGGAUACGUGUCCUGAAGGCACCAUCCUGGGACUGCGACUAGACAGCUCUAGGGGGCUGCAUCUCCAUGUCAAUGGAGUAGACCAGGGGGUAGCUGUACCCGACGUGCCCCAGCCCUGCCAUGCGCUUGUGGACCUCUAUGGGCAGUGUGAGCAGGUGACAAUUGUCAGUCCUGAGCCAGGAGCUGCCAGUGGGAAAAGUGCUGGAACCCAGGGGGACAUGGAGAAAGCUGACAUGGUUGAUGGCAUCAAGGAGAGUGUGUGCUGGGGUCCACCACCCACUGCUAGCCCUCUAAAGAGCUGCGAGUACCAUGCUCUUUGCUCCCGCUUCCAAGAACUGCUGCUGCUUCCUGAGGAUUAUUUCAUGCCUCCACCAAAGCGUAGCCUGUGCUACUGUGAAUCUUGCCGAAAGCUUCGAGGAGAUGAGGCCCACAGACGCAGAGGGGAGCCCCCACGGGAAUAUGCCCUGCCCUUUGGUUGGUGCAGGUUCAACCUCAGAGUGAAUCCCCGCCUGGAAGCUGGGACGCUAACCAAAAAGUGGCACAUGGCAUAUCAUGGGAGCAAUGUGGCAGCUGUAAGGAGGGUGCUGGACCGAGGGGAGCUGGGAGCAGGAACUGCCUCCAUCCUGAGCUGCCGGCCCUUGAAGGGAGAGCCCGGAGUGGGGUUUGAGGAGUCUGGCGAGAACUGUGCGCCUCCCCGGGAGGAGCAGCCCCCCCCAGUGCUGCUCUCUCCCUCUCUCCAAUAUGCUGGGGCCGAGCCCCUGGCCUCCAAAGUGCAAUUCCGGGACCCCAAAUCCCAGCGGACGCACCAGGCCCAGGUGGCAUUCCAGGUGUGUGUGCGCCCUGGCUCCUACACCCCCGGCCCUCCUUCUGCUGCACUCAGAGAACCUCCCGACCCACACUUCAGCCCAGCCGAACUUGAGUGGGUCACAAAGGAGAAGGGGGCCACACUCCUCUAUGCCCUGCUGGUACGGGUGGAAUGAGGGGUGAAACACUACUACUACAAGCACAGCUGGGCCUCGGCCCUCGACUCCUGAGUGAAGACUGCCUCCACCUCAUUCCAGUGACUCAUGGCAUGCACAGGUGCUGUCCUGGCUGACAUGGGAGUACUAGGCAGGCUCUCAGAUUCACAUGGGAAGUGGAGCACAUUUCCAUGGCCAGGGCCCAGCACACUUCCUCUGCUGAAGAGUGAGCUCAUGGGGAGCCCAGCGCCAGGCCCUGGGUCCCCUUCAUGCACUGACUUGGGGAACAUGACUAUUACUCCCCUCCCCAUAUCACUUAAUUUAUUUCCGUUUUUUGUUUCUGGUUACUGUGAAUUCCAGAGGGAUCUCUCCCUGUGCCCACACGAAGCUGCUUUUUCCGGGGCGAUGGGGUGGGAGUGGGGAAGGAAGGGCGGGCCCCAGGACGACGCGGGCUCUGUACAGUUGAUACUGACUCUGAUUUCUACGGAGCCAAUAAACGCUCUCU